CUUUUGUUCGUGUUAUUAACAAGUAAUUUAUGUUUUUUGAAGAAGCUAUAGUGUCAGUUGUCAUCAUGAUGAAAGAAUCUCUGGUUCGAGAGGUGUUAAUAAAUGUCAGGCGGUAGUAUAAUGCCUGCUUUGCCCGAAGCUGACGGGCUGGUGGGAAGCAAGAUGUAGUGUUAUAUGUUAUUUGAGGUUGUCAUGACAUAAUUUCCAAUUUUCGUGGCUCAUGUUGUAGUAAUGAGCGCUUCCACGCAUUACGUUCCUCAUGCGCUUCCCGUGUUGGGUGUAAAAUAAAAUAAGGCCUAAUGAGAUUGUAGGUUAGGGGUUGUGUAUUGUUUGUAGAGCUGUUAGACGGUGGCAGCAAAAUGAAGUUUACUGAACAUUUGAGUGCUCAUAUUACUCCCGAGUGGAGAAAACAGUAUAUUAAUUACGAGGAAAUGAAAGCAAUGCUCUAUGCUGCUGUGGAGCAAGCACCUUCAGCAGAACUUGUUGAACCGGAGGUGUUAUCUCGCUAUUUCGCAAAAUUUGAUGAACAAUUUUUCCACUACUGUGAUAAAGAAUUAGCGAAGAUAAACACUUUUUAUUCCGAAAAAUUAGCAGAGGCUACAAGAAAAUAUGCUAAUUUGCGAAGUGAACUUAGUGAGGCGCAGGAAGAUGAAUUUCAUGGUAAACAGAGUUUCUUGCGGCGUGGACCAAAUAUCCUUCGCAAAAGAAAUGUUCCUGCACGAAAGACUCAGGAACUUAAACUUGCAUUCAGUGAGUUUUACCUGAGUCUUAUUUUAUUGCAAAACUACCAGAAUCUAAAUUUCACUGGUUUCCGCAAGAUUUUAAAGAAACAUGACAAGCUUCUGUCUGUUGAUGUUGGUGCUAAAUGGCGUGUGGAAAAUGUGGAAACUUCCCAUUUUUAUACAAACAAGGAUAUUGAUCGCCUUAUACGGGAGACAGAAGCAGUUGUUACACAGGAUCUUGAGGGAGGUGAUAGGCAGAGAGCUAUGAAAAGGCUCAGAGUUCCUCCUCUUGGGGAGCAACAGAGCCCUUGGACAACAUUUAAAGUAGGGCUUUUCUCAGGCUCAUUUAUGAUACUUCUCAUUGCUGUUAUACUUUCAGGUAUCUUUCACAAACCGAGGGAUGACUGGCGCAUUGUAUGUCGACUUUAUCGGGGUCCAUUUUUAAUUGUUGAAUUUCUUUUUUUGAUGGGCGUGAAUGUAUAUGGUUGGAGAUCAUCUGGUGUAAACCAUGUGCUGAUUUUCGAAUUGGAUCCAAGAAAUCACUUGUCAGAACAGCAUAUAAUGGAAAUGGCAGCAAUAUUUGGAGUUGUUUGGACACUGAGUGUACUGAGUUUCUUGUACAGCUCUGCUCUUGGCAUUCCACCAUAUGCUUGCCCACUCAUGCUCAUAGUACUGAUGGUACUGUUCACAUUCAACCCAAUGAAGAUUUUUCGUCAUGAAGCACGGUUCUGGGCUAUUAGGGUGCUGACACGAAUCAUACUGGCUCCAUUUUUCUAUGUGAACUUUGCUGAUUUCUGGUUGGCAGACCAACUUAAUAGUCUUGUGGUAGUUUUCACUGAUCUGCAGUUCCUGAUUUGUUUCUAUGCAACUAAUAAGAACUGGAUGGUUGCUGAAGAUAGCCGCCAAUGUACUGACCUCCGUGGUUUCCUACGACCAAUGGUUGGGUGUCUCCCAGCUUGGUGGCGAUUUGCACAGUGCUUGCGCCGAUACAGGGACACCAAAGAGGCCUUCCCACAUCUAGUAAAUGCAGGAAAAUAUGCAACAUCAUUUUUUGUCAUCCUCUUUUCAGCACUUAAUAUUGCAAAUGAAAGUAAAUACACGUUUACUUCAGAAAAUCCAUAUUUUUAUUUGUGGGUGCUUUCAUAUAUCCUUAGCUCCUGCUAUGCAUAUACUUGGGAUAUAAAAAUGGAUUGGGGAUUGUUUGACAAGAAAGCAGGAGACAACAAAUACUUACGAGAAGAAAUUGUAUAUUCUUCAACUUGGUUCUAUUACUUUGCAAUUGUGGAAGACUUUAUCUUAAGAUUUGGCUGGGCCCUUUCAAUGUCUUUAACAGAAAUGGGAUAUGUGCAUUCAGAUCUAAUGGUAUCAGUUCUGUCACCACUUGAAGUUAUCAGGAGGUUUGUAUGGAACUUCUUUCGACUUGAGAAUGAGCAUUUGAACAACUGUGGUAAAUUCAGAGCUGUGAGGGAUAUAUCAGUUGCACCUAUGGAUUCAUCAGAUCAGACACAAAUAAUCAAAAUGAUGGAUGAAGAAAAUGGUGUUGUAAAUCGGCGCAAGAAGAAAUUGGAUGCUAGUAAGAAAAGAGAAGACCACCGCCUCCUUUUGGAAGGAGAAUCAACAGAUGAUCCAGAUAGCUGAGUUUUCCUGCCAAAAGUUCUCUCUUUACUACACCAUACUUUGCUUCUCAUAUGAAGCAUCUGGCUACUGCUAGAAAGAGUAAACUUGGGUAAUUCAGUAUGGCAGUGAUAGAUGUUGAUGAUCUCACUUUAUUAAUAAGCCACAGACAACUCUUGGAUACAUUUUAUAGUACCUAAAGUAAGUUGAAGGUGGUCAAUGCUGUACUUUCGUGUAGAUAUUAUAAAAGAUCAUUGUCAGUAGUGCAGUAUAGCAUCAGACUUGGUUCAGGAGACCAACUUGUUGCAGGUUCUGGAAUGAAAGGAAGAAAGAGAAGCUAUAUUUAUUGUUACAUAGAUUUUUGUAUGCUCCAUUGUCUGUGAUGAUAAACUGAACAUUUAAGUCAGUACAAAUUAAGUUACUAUCCUUACUUUAGAAACUUUUGUGGGUAUGUGCAAAAUUUUAUAGUACAUAAACAGUUUUGUACUGUAUCACUUAAUCUCACAGUAUUAUAUAUUGAUCUACAGCCAGUGAUUUUUAAUAUUUUUUUCAGAUUUUGCAUAGUUUUUGUUAUGCCCAACAGCAAAUAGUCUAGUACAAAUAAUAAGACUAAUUCCAGGGUAAACACUACACAAAUUUCUAGUAUCUUGUCUAUUUGAAUGCAUGUUGCACUAAAGGUAUUUGUGUAUAAUCAUUUUAAGUCAUGCUUUGUACCUAGCCUACAGGUUAUUCGAGACAUAUUUGGAUCAAUAAUUUUCAUUUAAAAAAAAUGACAACAAAUAAUGCAUCUAUGUGCUGUAAAGUUUUAUGGAUGUUGAUGCUAGAUCAUUAUGGAAUCUCAGUAGUGUGUGUGUGUGGGGGGGGGGGGGGGCAAAGAGGAAAGGGGAGGAGUGAGAUAAAUACAGAAACAAUUUGAUCCAAAUCUGUGCAGUUUUAUGUACUGAAAAGACGUGUAAAUUUGAUGGCUAGUGAAACUCUCUCCACAUGUCAGUCAUUCGAAAUGGCAAUAAUCUGACUACUUCUAUUGAAGUAAUGUAUAUAUGUAUUUUCUUUUUGAGAUGGUGCUCGACCAUUAUGAUGUUGAAUGGUAUGUAAAUGUCAGAAGAAAAUUUUUAGAAUCUGAUUUAAACAGUAUUUUGUUUUGUGUUAGUUAAUUUUUUGUCAAAUAGUGUACUUAAAACAGUGAAAAUCGUUUUUUAGCAAUGUGUUUUAGUAGAGAUGAAUCAGUAUUAAAUUGUUGAAGUAUACUUAGAUUUUUUUCUGUCUAAUUCUUUUCUUUUAUUGAAACAUAUGUUAACAUGCUUUGCCUUUCCUCCGUUUAACUGUGGGAAGCCAUUUAUUAAUUAGUAAUUACCUCACAAAUGUCAGGCAUUUUAACUUUUAAUUUUCAUGAUCAUUCUUUUAUAAUGUUGGUGUACAGUCAGCAUACAGAAUCAUUGCUAGUUGCUGUGAGCUCCAAUCUGAUGAGAAGUCUGUCAAGAUAAACAUAUAUUGCUAUAGAGAACAGAUUUAACUAGAACUUUCCUUUCACGCAUUUCACUUUGUACUGAACGUAGAAUUGUUGCCACUAUUUGUUUGAAGAGUUUUCGUGUUGUGGCAUACUGCAGUGGAUGAAGUAAUUGCUGUUUCUCUGAGUGUACUAUGUUAUUCUUCUGUGCCAAUAUACUAACUUUGGGGCGUUAUGAGUGUACUGUGCUCUAAUUGUAAUUUAUAAACUGUUGUUUUUAUGGAAUUGAGUUCAGUUUCUGUCUUCCUGUUGUGGGUUUUCCAUAGUCUGGGUAAACCAACUAACUAUAUAAAGCAAUUUUGUUGUGAUGCAAACAUCAACUUUUAUUUCAUUGACAUAUGGUCAUGACAGUUGCUUUGUGCCUAAAACACCUUUAUAUUGUCAAGGUGUUAAAUAAUAACUAAAGUAAAAUUACACCAUUAUGUAUGCUAAAUUUAUUAGUUCUUAGUCAAACCAGAGCCCAUAACAAGAAUGAAGAUGUUAACAUAAGUUUUUACUUGUCAAACGUAUAAAUGUAAGGAGGUAAGAAACACACUAACAGAAAGAAGUGACAAGGAGAUAGGUUGGAAAUAAGGCUGUAAACUUCAGGUAAAAGUAAAAUGUACAUGAAAUAGCUGGUGGAAAUCUCUGAAAUUGGUUAGGGAUUGACAUAUUUAUAUGACUGACUGUAUAAUAGCAGCUAACACUGUAUUGGUGUUAAGCAGCCUCUUCUGCCAUGAAAUAUUUUUAUGUUGUUGCCACAGAUGAUUUAUUUUUGUAUAUUGUAACUGAAAACAGUCCUUUUGUCAUGAAAUGCAAAAUGCAGAACUAUUUCGGGACAUAUGCUUGGAUAUGAUGCUGUUUGCCUCACAGAGGUGGCAGGGCAAGGAUCUUGAUACUUACAUGGUGAACAGAAUGAGUUUUGCUUAGAGUGUGGAGUGAUGGAGUGAAAAAGUUGCACCUUUUUCCUUCUGCGGAAGCAAUGAUUGUAAAAAAAAAUUAUUGUACUUGGAAUAUUUGAAGGAUUUGUUUUAAAAUGCAUCAUACCAUAUUUUUCAGAAUCCGUAUCUUUUCAGUAAUAAAGCACAUUGCAUUGAGGAGAUAACAAAGGCUACAUUUGGUUUCUAUAAGCAAUAUUGUGUACCAAAAUAAUUUAGCACAAAGAAAAAUAUUUCAUUUUCUUGUAGUGCGCAU